CCCCGCGCUUCUUGUUGCGCGUGCGAAUGGUUGAAUUCGGGGAAGGUGACCAGGAGGAGUCGGGAGGGAUUCCCUGUCUCCCUCUCUCGUUCUUUUUAGGUCGAGUACUGUGGCCCCGUUGGUUUGGUUAAGCGAUCACGAAGAAUAAAGAAGAGAAAAAGGACGGACGAAAGAGAGCAGCCUUGCGUUGAAAGGAAGCCGAGAGAUCGGAGUUCUACCCUCCCGCCAUUCCCCAAGGCCUCGAUCUUUGACCCCGCUCUGUUUCGGGUUCGACUUCUGCAAUCGAUCGGUGUUCAGGAUGAGUUUCCUCUUCGGCAAGAAGAAAACCCCCGCAGAGAUUCUGCGGGAAAACAAGAGAAUGUUAGACAAAUCCAUUCGGGAAAUUGAGCGAGAGAGGCAAGGUUUGCAGGCGCAGGAGAAGAAGCUGAUCACGGAAAUAAAGAAAACAGCAAAGCAAGGGCAAAUGGCGGCUGUGAAAGUAAUGGCAAAGGAUCUUAUCCGGACCCGGCAUCAGAUAACAAAGUUUUAUGCACUCAAAUCUCAACUCCAAGGUGUUUCUUUAAGAAUACAGACUUUGAAAUCAACACAAGCAAUGGGGGAGGCCAUGAAAGGCGUUACCAAGGCUAUGGGGCAAAUGAACAGGCAAAUGAACCUGCCUGCAUUGCAGAGGAUAAUGCAAGAGUUCGAGAGACAAAACGAGAAGAUGGAAAUGGUAUCAGAAGUGAUGGGUGAUGCCAUUGAUGAUGCUCUGGAAGGAGAUGAAGAGGAGGAAGAAACAGAAGAACUCGUCAACCAGGUCCUUGAUGAGAUUGGAAUUGACAUUGAUUCACAGCUUGUCAAGGCCCCAUCAUCUGCUGUGACUGCUCCGGAAGGAACUACGAAGGUUGCCCAGGCUGAAUCUUUGGGGGGUGAGGAUGGUGGCAUUGACAGUGAUUUGCAGGCUAGACUAGAUAAUUUAAGGAAAAUGUGAUAUUGUCUCUAUGCAUGACUAUGACAAAACCUGGUGCUUGCUAUGUUACAUGUUCAUAUCCUUGUAUUUUUGUUGAACCUAAAAAUUAGAUUCCUGGUAUAGAAUAAAAGUACUGGUGAUGCCAUA